AUGAGUACUAUUGAGGAUAUUUUACCUGAUCCCCCAAAUGGACCUCUAACUGAGUAUCGUCGAAAUGCCACAUUUGAUUGGAGAAAACUGGCCCUAAUACUGGAUGGAGAAGAAAUUUUGAGGCUUAAGUACAAAAUUUGGAAUUAUUUGAGCAGUGAUCCACUUUUUGCUCAUACAGACUACUCGUUACCUGUGAAAGAACAACGGGAUCUAGCUUUUCAGCGACAGAACAAAUUUUUUCAAGAAUUCUAUAAGAUCAUCUACAAUAAUGCUCAUACUUGCCCGAAGAUCACUAAAACAUUCCUAAUGGCACUCGUUAGUUAUGAUGCAUGCUUUCCAGGCAAAUUACUUCUUUCCCUAGAGCUCUUCUCGGGUACUCUGCGUUCCCUGGGCACAGAUUCACUAUCAGAAAUUGUAGAGUUGGUGAAGCAAGGAAAAAUUUGUGGAACUUUUGCUGUGACCGAAAUUGCUCAUGGAACAAAUACCAGAGGACUUCGUACCACAGCGAAAUACGAUCCAGAUACGGAAGAGUUUAUCAUUCAUACGCCCGAUUUUCAAGCAGCUAAGUGUUGGGCAGCCAAUCUAGCUGAAACUGGUACCCAUGUCAUUAUCUAUGCACAACUAUACACGCCCGAUGGGAAGCAUCAUGGUCUAAAUGGAUUUCUUGUACCAUUACGCGAUCCUACCACAAUGCAACCCUAUUCUGGCGUUGUGAUUGGUGAUUUAGGUGAGAAGGCUGGCCUUAAUGGGCUAGACAAUGGUUUUGUCAUGUUCCACAAUUAUCGAAUUCCCCGUACAUAUAUGCUGGCUCGUGUUGGAGAGGUCACACCAUCGGGGGAGUUUGUCACACGUGUAGAAGAUUCCAAGAAACGCUUCAGUAUCGUCCUGGGAAUUUUGUCUGAAGGACGAGUGGCUAUAUGCUGUGGUGUCACUUACAAUAUUGUUAGAGCUAUUACAAUUGGAAUACGCUACUCGGCAGCUAGACGACAAUUUGGUCCAGAG